UUGACAAAAUUAACGACUUUUUCAAGAACAGAAAGAUUCCUUUUCAAUUUGGUUGUUUUUAAUUUUUAUUUUGCUUACAAGUCGAGCAAUUACAAAUUUACAAUCGUUUUAAGCAUAAGAUUAAAGCUAAUCUUAUGAAGAAUGGACGUCGACGAGCUAUCAUUAGUGGAAAGAUGCGAGAAUUUAAUGACUGCGGUCGUGGAGACUCGCAAACAGUACGGAAAGAAAUGUAUUGACUACCAACACAAAACUUCUCGUGUAGAAAACCAGCUGCUUCAACUGCGACUCGAAAGCUUCGCGAAUUACGAGAAACGGAAGCUGCCUCAGUUCGAUAUCGACGACAUGGCCCUGAACAUCGAAGAUAUCAAGGCAGAGAUUAUGGAGAAGCAGAUCCGGAUCGAGAAUUUGUGUAAAAGACUUAACGAUACUCAGGAAGUGUUGUUGCAAGUGCAAAAUGAUAAUGUUACGAAGAAAAUGCACCAGCCGGUGACGAUAGAGACGCUUAUGGCGCGGGCUAAGGCUAGACAUGGAGGGGAAAUGUAAGGUGCUUUUAUUUUCGUCAAGCAAAGUGAAGUUUUUAUUUCACAGAUUAAUAUUGAGUAAUAUUUUUGCUCUAAUUUCUUUCCCCUACUAGCAGUAGUGGCUCACUCCGCGAUUUCGUCGCUUUGCUACAGGUAGCUAAAAGUCCAUCCGUUCCACACCAAUUUUGGGGUUUGCCAUAAGCCGCGCGUGGCGCUGUCGCCACCUAGCGGCCAUAUCUGUGCUGAUCGUGACAGACGCGUUUGUUAGAGAGUGAGUCUUCUGUACCUAGUACUAUUAUUUAUUCUGUGCUACUAGCUAUACUGUGUAUAUCCCAGAAAGUGGUGGUCACCUUUCUUUACCUAAUUUAGAUUUUUGCUCUAAUUUUUACGAAUUCAUAAUUAUAUUUUUAACAGAAAAUAGAUUUAUAUAAAGAAGAUGGGGUCAAGCUAAAUAAAACUGUUUAAAAAUACACAGAUAGUCUGACAAAAAAGAGUAGAAACUAAAAAGUGGCAAUACUGUACUGUCGUCCUGUUUUCUUAUACCGGGUGUGGCUUGUAACACUAGCAAAUAAUUUAAACAUAGAUUGUACUCGUCAAGCGGUGACACUUUCGUUCAACAACUUUUAAAAAUUAUGAAGUAUUUAGACUCCCUAUUUAUCAUACAAAAUAAAUAUUAUCUUCAAUGGACACCAUCCCUACUCCGUAUCAUUGUGAUUGACGUUGCUUGUCACACCUUAAACAGAACAAAAUUAUAACAAUAAACUUUAAAGUGUAUUAAAAAUCAAACCACAAGUUAUUUUUAAAAGUCGUUGAACAAAUGUUGAUCAGUAUGAGGAGUACAGCCUACAGUUAAAUUUUUUGCUCAUAUUACAAGCCACACCCGGUAUAUAUAUUGAUUUGAAAGGGACGACACAACAGUAUUGCCACUUUUAAAUUUCAACUCUUUUUGGCCGGACUAUAGUGGUAUGGGUGUCAUACAUAACGACUUAUUUGGCUGUUUCCACCAGAGAUGUGCGUGACUUGACAGGUUUAUGAAUAACUCCUAACAUUACAAAUAUUUAUGUAUGUCUUCCAAACCUUGAUAAUUAUAAUUAUGUUCUAAUUCUUUAAUUAAUUAUUAGAAACUAGAAUUGAUGAUAAAAACAGUCCUUUUUGCCAUUACUUACUUGUCCUUAAUUGCUUACUUGUCCUUCUGUAGUGCACAAUGUUAGAAAUCCUGUGAAUCACUUUUCAAAAUGUUCAAACAUUGCUAAAUAUGAGAUACAUAACAUAUGACAAAUCUAAUUUUAAAUUUAGUGAUCAAUUUUUGUAUAGGUGGUUUAAAAUUGUUAUUAAUUCCAAAGCUGCGUAGACAUGCAUCUGUGCAUUGGAAUAUAGAUUCGGACCAAAAAAAGUCUGCAGCAGAUUUGAUAGCCCACACCCUUUGUCAUUUAUAUGUCAUAAUUUCAUAGAAGUUUGAUGUUUAAAAUAAUACUUGUGGGCUAUCAAAUCCACUGUAGACUAUUCUUGGUCUGACUCUACAGAUCCGUAUUAGAGAUGGCACACUGCUUGCAUAA